AACGGGGCAGUGGCAGUGAUCCUUGGAUAUUAGAUGAAGAAGAUGGGGAUUUCCCAGGAUUUUUCUGAUCCCUGAGUGGAUGUGACAGCGAGUGAGAAUGGCCAGCAUGCCAGAGUGUGCCGGGAACCCAGGGUGACCAGGCCAGAGUGUGCCCACACGGCCUCUGCUCCCCACUGCUGGGGACACCCUCAAAGCCAGCCGCCCCUUAUCUGCUCUCGUCGGAAGCUGGGGAGGCCACGGGUCCAGUGAUCGGGAUAACAGCCACUACCUCUGGCCAAAGUACAGGAUGGGAUUGCCUCACUUGACGUGGCGAUUUUGUCUUGUUUAUCUCUUCGUUAACAUUAAGAUCAAUGUUUCACUAAAUAACUUUCAGAUAUUCUCUCAAAGCAACUGACACAUGAAAAUGGUAUGAUUUUAAAAUAUUCUGACUCCUCGAACAGGAUGGCAAGGAAACUAACGCUGUUAUGUCAGUCAAAGGCCAGUGGCUCCUGCUCCGACGCUGUGGCUGGGAGAAAGUGUAUUUGUGGAAUAAAGAGCUAUGGUCCAUUGUCCGUGGGCAUUUUCCGUGGCAGUGCUGGGACUGCGCCAGGGGGCAAAGGGGGAGCUGGCCCCGGCCCCCCUCAGCCCAGCCUCUCCCCAGCUCUUCAUUUUCAUUAAGCUGGAUUCCGGGUUAAUCCAGUGAGUUAGUAAUUGGAGGUUUUGGAUCUUUUCAUGUGAAAACUGUUUUAAGUAAUGCUUGUCCCAUUAUCUUCCUUGCUAUUUGAAGAAUCCUUCCUUCCAAUAUAAUGCAGACACAACAUGAUAGAUUCACAGCUUGAUUCACACUAACAGAUUAGAGAGAGAAAAAGUCUUCUAAAUCCCCAGUGGAAGCUUAACAAUUCUUUGAUUUUUUCCCUGUGUGUUAUUGUCAAGUAGGAUGAUUUAUGGUCAGAAUUCUAAACAUGUAGGAGUCAUAUCUGACUCUCAGCAAGUAAGAUGUGAAUUUCACAAAAAUAGGAAAACUGUAUCCAAUUUUGCAUUUCUAGAUGAAGCCAAAACAUCACUCCAUCCUCGAACUUAUAGCUGUUGUUUAAGCAAACUUGAAAUACGAAAACAUUUUUUCACCAACACACUUGUGGACGAGUACUUCCUUUGGAAGAGUGUUCCGACGGGGUCCGAAGGCCGUGACGUUCUGUGGCGAGACCGUGGUGGCAGCUGCCUGUGGCUGCACGUGGGGCUGGUGGCACGCGGCCCCUCCUUCUGUCCUCCAUGACCCGAGGGCGGGCAUCACAGGGACCGCUUCUCAGAUGGGAAGACGGCUCCGGAGUUAAAUGUCACACGGGCCUCCUCCUUGGGCACUUGGUGACUCGGCCAGGCCAAGGGGCUGGAGCAAGUAGGGCCUCAAGAAGCAGGCCGGAACUCAGCUGCGUGGCCAGCGCCGUCUAAGCAAGAUGGUGGACAUGGAGAGCCCGAUCGGGCCACUGUCCCCUCUCGAGGCGGAUGACCUGGAAAGUCCACUUUCUGAAGAAUUCCUACAAGAAAUGGGAAAUAUUCAGGAGAUUUCUCAAUCCAUUGGUGACGACAGCUCCGGAAGCUUUAGUUUCACCGAGUAUCAGUAUUUAGGGAGUGGCCCAGCGUCCGAUGGAUCUGUUAUUAUAGACACGCUUUCGCCAGCGUCAAGCCCUUCUUCGGUCACUUGCCCGGUGGCUCCUGGUGGCACAGAUGAGUCCCCCAGUGAAGCGUUAAACAUUGAGUGUAGGAUCUGUGGGGACAAAGCCUCAGGCUACCACUACGGAGUCCACGCCUGCGAAGGCUGCAAGGGGUUUUUCCGGCGCACUAUUCGACUAAAGCUGGCAUAUGACAAAUGUGACCGUAGCUGCAAGAUUCAGAAAAAGAAUCGCAAUAAGUGUCAAUAUUGUCGUUUCCACAAGUGCCUAUCGGUCGGGAUGUCACACAAUGCAAUUCGUUUCGGACGGAUGCCAAGAUCUGAAAAAGCAAAACUGAAAGCAGAAAUUCUCACAUGCGAACAUGAUAUAGACGAUUCCAAAACAGCCGACCUCAAAUCCCUGGCCAAGGGCAUUUACGAGGCCUACCUGAAGAACUUCAACAUGAACAAGGUGAAAGCCAGAGUGAUCCUCGCGGGCAAGGCCAGCCACAACCCGCCUUUUGUCAUCCAUGACAUGGAGACACUGUGUAUGGCCGAAAAGACUUUGGUGGCCAAGCUGGUGGCCAACGGCAUCCAAAACAAGGAGGCUGAGGUCCGUAUUUUCCACUGCUGCCAGUGCACGUCGGUCGAGACCGUCACCGAGCUCACAGAGUUCGCCAAGUCCAUCCCGGGCUUCGCCAACUUGGACUUGAACGAUCAGGUGACGUUGCUCAAAUACGGCGUCUACGAGGCCAUAUUCACAAUGCUGUCCUCUGUGAUGAACAAGGACGGGAUGCUGGUGGCGUACGGCAAUGGCUUCAUAACGCGUGAGUUCCUCAAGGGCCUCAGGAAGCCGUUCUGCGACAUCAUGGAACCCAAGUUCGAUUUUGCGAUGAAGUUCAAUGCUCUGGAACUGGACGACAGCGACAUUUCCCUGUUCGUGGCUGCUAUCAUCUGCUGCGGAGAUCGUCCCGGCCUUUUAAACAUUGGACACAUUGAAAAAAUGCAGGAGAGUAUCGUGCAUGUGCUCAAACUUCACUUGCAAAGCAACCACCCAGAUGACAUCUUUCUUUUCCCAAAACUUCUUCAGAAAAUGGCGGACCUCCGGCAGCUGGUGACGGAGCACGCACGCCUCGUUCAGGUCAUCAAAAAGACCGAGUCCGACGCGGCCCUGCACCCGUUGCUGCAAGAAAUCUACAGGGACAUGUACUGAACACUUUUCCAUAAGCAAGGAAAAAAAGAAACUUGUGAGGAUAUUUAAAGCUGACAGCACGGGAGCAACACGACUUUGCACAAAUAGCCACCAUUUUAAUGCUAGAGAAUGGGAAGUGUAAGCUCUAGGAGUAAAUUCCACAUUUCUUGUUUUAACCAGGACUUCAAGAGCAAACGAGGUAUUCAGUUGCUGGUGAUGAGCAGUGAAUAGUCAGGACUUGGAAAAUUAAGGAGAAUGAUGUUCAACAAUCUGAUUUUAACUCCCAUGAUGUUAAUCGAUGCCGAUUUCUUUCUAUCACCUUAGUGAUUUAGCCUUUAAUCCGCUGGUAACCUCAGACUAUGUGGAUACCUUCCCUUUCUACUGUCCCUUUAACUGUUGUGCUCCUUUAUAUUUUGAAAACUAAUCAGCACUUUUUAACAGGUUUUAUAAUCCUAUAAAUUUAGAUGUUUCCAAAGGUUAGGUAUUUAUAAAGCAGCAGAAUAUUUAUUUGGAAGAUUUCCAUUCUGUUUCCUGAAUUUUAAGAAAGAUGACACCCUGUUUUUUAAUCAUAAGAUUUAGAAUUUUAAAGAAUUAUUUGAUAAGACAUCAAAAUGCAGCAGUUGUUUUGUUUUCAGUUCACUCUUUCUAUGGUUGUAACUAAUAUGUGAAAAAGCCUCUUUCCAGAUUUGUACAGAAGAUCUCAGAAAACCAAGUCUUGAGACCCCUACUGGAAGUGAUAGACACAUUUUUUAAGCUAGCAUCCAUGAUCGGCAGGAACAAGAAAAACUCCGAACGUAUGUUAGCUUCCCAUUCCUCUCACCUCCCGUUUCCUAACAAAUCUGAACCAGGUGAAUCAGGCUGUUUUGGGGUAUGAUACUAUUUUGGGGGGUAAACUGGCAGAUUAUUUUUCAGUGUUCCUUUGGGCCCCAAGUACCAAGGCAGCUUCUUUUGUCUUUUCCUAUAUUGCUUUUUAAAAUACAAAGCUUUAUUUUUUUUAACUCUUGGUGGUAACUGAUGCCUACUGGUGUGGAGGAAAAUGAAGCAAACAUGUCUUCCCUGGAGAGCCGGGGAGGACGGACAGGUGUCCUUCACAUGGUGGCUUUACUGAGCCUCAGAUUUCACAGCAGCCUGAUUAUUUUAGAAAGAUUUAGACAGUGAGCGCUCCUUUUCCAGUUAUAUGUGAGUUCACUUUUCCAACAACUAAAAUAUUAGUUUUUGCCUUAAAGACCGACUUCUAAACUUCAGUGUGGUAGGGAAAGCAACAUUGACGGUGGUUUUCUGUCUAGAAACUCUGGACCUGGAUACACUCUCUCCUUCCGUCCACCACAGUAGAUAAAUUGUACCCCUGGAGAAUUUUCAACCGCAUCUCCCAAAGCCAGAACCAGACCGAGCCUCCAGCUCAGACCUCCUCAGCCACUCGAGCAUUUGCGAGCCCGUCACUCUCCUUGACGCGCCUCCCUCCUCCUGCCUGUAGAAACUGUGGCUCUUUUAGGGUCAUUACUAUUUGCUGUUGGAGAGUGACUGGGAUCGAUACUGGUGUUGUUCCCAAGAUCAGCAAUGCGAAGAUGUGAUGGUAAAAAGGACAGUAAAGCUGCAAGACUUCAACUAGGAAAAAAAGUGAACAUCUACCAUUAGGACAUCCUGUUAAAAAUUACACAUUUAGUAAGUUUAAAAAAUUUUUAAAAAUCUGAAGGCUCCUUUGGCCAGCUGAAAGUAAGCAAUUUGCAGCCCAUCUAUUAGGAAUUGGAAGCAAAUACAAACAUUUCCAUCUACAACACCAAUCGAGAAGCAAUCCUAAUUCGAAAAGGAGCUAACCCUUGCGUCACAUGCCGUAUCUAUUUAAAUGUUCUUUCCUAACCGAGAACUCUCUGUUCCGAGGACACUGGGCUGUGUUCUGCCCAAGGUUGCAGGGUCAGAGUUGGAUUCCAAUGCCAAGCCCACGAUCCCUGCACUGCCAUGGAAGCCUCUCGCACUGACGUCCCCUAGAUGGAUGCAUAGCUUAGCAAAGCAAGCCUUGAGACCCGGUUUUUCAUUCAUUCUAUUUAAAUUUUCAUAGACCUGACCUAAAGAGGCUCCUCGUUCCAUGCUCUCAGCAGCAAUGCAGAACCAGCCCAAGGCGGGUGGGGUCCACUGGCAUUUGCGAGUGCUUGCUUCUCAGAGGGUCCAAGACAACCAGUGACAACCCUGGUGAGACCAGAAAGCAGCCCACAGGUGGCCUCUGUGCGACCGUCACUUGGCAUCUUCACUUUUAUGUAUAGGCAGCAAAAUCAUGUCUUCCCCAUUAUUUUUAAUACCUGACCACUAAUCGCCACUCGGUGAUGGACUGUGGAAUAUUUGAGUCACCUCAUCCAAGCCUCCUUGGAGCAUCAGCGGUCACACUGGGGCUGAUCACCCACUAGUUCGGGACCCCGGGGGUUUCAGCAAGGAGCUGUCGAAAGGGCAUGCUCACUGCCCGCUGGGUUUCAGCAGACGUUGGCACCAAGAUUGACAAGAGCGCAACAGGCUCAGGAAAUUCCACAGCGGAUGUGCCAAGACCUCCGCCCAGGGUGGGGGACACAGACUGUGCACCCUUUCACCACCAAGACCACCCUUCAGCCUGUUGAAGUCGGCUCUCCAUUUUCUCAGCUCUUAGUAGCGAAAAGUGCCCACCAGCCCGAGACCACGGACCCACCAGCCAGCCUUCGUCUUGUGUGCUGACCACGAGGACGGGCCGCAGGGCCUCAUCUGGGCCAUGCCUUUUGGGGUGUUGGCCCAUGCAGGGGCUCAGGGCAGGAUGCGGUCCCCUCCACCUGGACCCGUGGCAGCCCACGCCACCUCUCCCUGCCCCUGGAGGUUUCUGGGUGGGCGCAGCUCCCACUGAAUGCAGCACCCAGUGCCCAGCUGGAAGCCCGAGAGCCGUCAAAUGGAGUGUUGUCGAAACUAGGGUUCUCCCAGUCGCCGUGGCCGAUGGUGGGACUCAGUAGCAGAGUUUCAGUAGCUGGCGGAUGCCCGCUGCUUCCCACCUUGCUCUUGACCUUUCUACAACUCUUUGAGGAGAUGAACUUCAAGCACUUUCCUAAAGAAUAUUUAUGUUCCUGCAUAGAUAAUUAAUGUGAAGUAGAGUAGAGAGACACUUGGAACUAAGUGCAUUCAAGAAUGCCUGGGAGAGCUGUCCCUGUUUUAAGGGGAUUCUUUCUUUUCAUUUGAAGAGCAUAGAAUGUGCCUUUCUGCUUGUCUUAAUGCAUUUCUUCCACCAAGCCAUUUAAUUAAAAAAGCCCUAAGGGGAAUGUGUAGGGACAGCGCAGCAGCCGAAGGUCCAUUCCCAGCAGAAGCUGAUGCCAACAUAAAACCGUCAGCUCAGCAAGGACUUCUCCCCCGGAAGCCGGGAGACGCGCUACCCCAAUCGCUGUGGCUGCCCUGCCGAGUGACCCGUGAGACUGAGCACAACUUGGGGGUGAGGGAAGCAGCCCGGUCCCCGCCACCCCUCCUGUCCACCACUCCCGCUAGCCUUUUAGGGGUCCACUCACAGGAAGCACAGGAAAUGUAUGCCUCAAAGCUUAAUAAACCUGACUUUUUCUAAGGUCUCUCCGUGCCCUUAACCUGCAUCUGUGCUCCCCUGUAUUUCUGUAUUUGAUCACAAGCCUCACUCAUGCUCCUUUCCAAACCACCACAAUUCUGGGCACAUCCAGGGCUGAGCACCCAGACACAGGCUGGAGGGAGACGUUUGUCUUGGCCCAGACACCCCACAUGCCUUGGGGAUCUCUAAACGCCUGCUUCGAUACGGCGGUCAGAGUUUCAACCGAGUCGAGCGCUUCCGGCUCUGACUGACAUGACUCCCUGGUCCCCUGACUUGGGGCUGGUUUCAGGGCCCGAGGCAAAGCCAGCCCCCCGCAAAACCCCUCUUGGCUGGUGUGGCCUCCACAAUGCAGAUGCCACUAGGAAAAACACGUCCAGUCCUUAAAGCCGGGAGCCCUCGGCCAGCACUCUGGACCCCUUUCCAAGCUGGUCCGUUUUGUCUCCUCUGACCCCAACCGCUUGAGAGGGUCUGAACCAGAGCCUCCCUGUUUUAAGACGGAAACCCGCAGCCUCCAGAGGAUGGACCGGCUGGCGCUGCAGGGCUGUGGGUUUGGAUCCUGGGUCUCCUGCUUUGCCACUUCUGCACAGUGGCAGAAGUUCUGCGGGGGAGGCCUGUCUCCUCGCUGUCCCUUCUGGAGGGCUGGCUGGGCCUUCUGCAGCCAGCUUGGCCUGCCUGGCUUGGGCUACUUUGGUGGGCUACUUUUCAAAAGGCUUGAAGUCCGUAACAAUGGCUUAGAUUCAGGAGAGGCAAGAAAAUUCUGUCCAGAGAGAUCACCCGUCAAGAUGGGAGCCACCGAUAGAGCGCUGUCUGCUGAUGGUUGAAAAGCAUCCACAGAUGCUCCCCCAGGCACCCCGUGUUCUCAGUGUUGGCCUUGCAAAGCCUUGGACGUUCCCAAAACAGACUUCGUUAGGUUUUCUUUUCCUGUCAAAAGUGGCCCAGCUUCUCUUCACUCUUGGCCCCAGCUACUUCCCAGGGCUCCACAGGAAUGGAUGAUUGUUCACCACCAAAUCUCAGGAUCAGGUUUUCAGCCAAGUUCACCCUGCGUUGCCUCGACAGGAGUGACCAGGAGAGGUUGUUGUCCAAGUCCAGCUGGGCAUGGAAUGUCCACGCCACCUGCUGAAAGGCCCGAGGAUGGCUCAGCUCUGAGGUGCAAAGGAGGGCUAAUGGCUAAAUGGAUAUUUAAAAUUCUGCCGCAACUGAGCGGCUUUCCUCCUGCUGCUUCUAAGGGCUUCACCCAGGACACGCACUCCUGAGGGAGCUUCUGCCUGGAAAGAGCCAAUGUUGAGGUCUUUCCUGGGAUCUGGUAUAUUUUUAGGCACUGCCACAGAAGUCAAGAAAAUGGCCUAUCUUUGAUCUGACCCAGAGUAUAUGAGAUGUGCAAUAUUUCUUUGGAGACCACCAUACAAACUAAAAUGUGGACUGAAAGUUUUGUUUAAAGAAAAAAAAAGAAAAGAAAAUGAGCCUUCAUGCUUUGAUUUAAAUCAUGACAAGUAGAAUUCCAUCAUGCUAUUUUUGUAGAAUGCAGCAGGUUCUUAAACUCUAUUUCAGUGGAGUGGCUGCAGGCUUGUCAAAAAAAGAAGGAAAAAGGAAAAGCUACUCAUGUGUCCUGCUUAAGAAGAGAUGAGAAAGCGAGGCUGCCAGGCAGGCUGUCCCCUGCACUGCCUCCUCCCAGCUUCAGGAGCCCCUGGGGGCCCCACCACUGCCCCGGGUCGGGAAUGGGGCUGUCAACCGACGUCUGCUUCUCAGAAUCUGUUAGAGACAUGAGAACUACGAUUGUUUAUUUUCUCCCCGACAAAGAACCCCCUUUGCAAGGGAAGAGGAGCUAUAUUAUGUGGUUCAGCUGAAAUACAUAUACAACCAGUGCUUUGGGGAGUCCUUUGCCAAAAAGAACAGACCAGAAUUAUGUCCAUGUUCAUGGCCAUGUCUUGGUUGAAGCAACUGAUAAAACAUCAAGUACUUUAGCUCCCCACAGCUGUUCAAUUUAUGAUUUGCAAAAGGUAAGAAACAUUGAUUUUUAUAUUAUAAAUGGCAAAUUAAAGCCCAGGGUCUUUUUUUUUUUUUUUAAUUUAAAACAAAAAGUUUGCUAGUUUGGGCCAAAUGUGGUAAAGUCCAUGGUUUUCUCCAGAGAAGGGGCUCUGCCAGCUUCUCGCCCGUCUUCCCCCACAGCAUUUGUAACUGACCGGGCACGCUGGCGCGACGCCCCAAAGCUGAGCCUUGCCUCCCAGGGAGGAGUGAGCAGGGGGAGAGAGGCGUGGGGGCCCCCACCACCCCGGAUCCCCUGGCAGAAAGGGUCAGAUUUCAGGCCCUCAAGACAAGUGGGUGUCUAGUCUUUCCAAAGGCAAAUUAUUCACCUUUGAAAAUGUCUUCUCCUUUUAAAGGCAAGGACAAAAAAAUGUACCUCACAAAAGAUGAAUACCACUCAAAACCCCUUUUGGUAAGGCUGCAGUAUUCGAGUAUCACUACUGUCUUCUAUACUGUAUGGUAAAAAAGAACUCUGUGAAUAGAGUCAUAUAAUAUCUUAUACACUGUGAUUUUAACUUAUGAUCAUGCAUCUAAUAACAAACAAUGGGAUUCCCCUGAAAUCAGUGUUAAUUGAUGCUUUACUGCUAAAAGCCUGGGUUUGAACCUAUUGGAAACACAAAGGAAGUGGAAUAUAAUUGCACACACACAUACACGCAUCCAUCAAAGAUUUUAAUUUCUCCUGAGCCAUGCAGGAUUUUUUUUUUCGCUGUCUAUGCAAGAAGUGCGAUUGUGCCUUUAUUCAUUUCUACCAGCAAGUUCUUUUCAGACGCCAGGGUCAAGGCCACCAAAAUGAUACAACAGUGUUUUGCUAAAAACUAUUCCAGUUUGGUAAAUAGCUCGCUGAUCUUCAGGGAAUCACUGCCUGUGGGUUGUUACCAAAGAACUCAAGCAAUUUGACAUUGUCCGAGGGAAAUCAUUGCACCCGCUGGUGCUCCGGCCCCUCCAGGUGACCCGGCCCGAUGCAGGACACAGAACCACAGACCCCGGGACGUCGCCCAGCUCCCUCCAGGCUCCCGGGAGGCCUUACGUUGUUUUGAGUUAUCUUGGCACAGCUUCUUUUGGAAGCAUAUUUUCAGCACCUCUGGAAUCCACACGGCCCUCCUGCUCAGAGCCCAAGGGGAGGGGAUAUGGCAGGACCCUGCUAAGAACAGUUGAGUUUCCAAAGCGAGGCCUGCACUCAGGUGCUGCACAUGUUUAUUCUUAGUUCUCGGUGCCUCAAAGAACGAAGCAUUUAGGGGUGUCCAGACCCUUUGUUUGUAACUCCUAAGCAGGGGCAGGAGCCAAGUGGACAUGGCUGACCCAGCUGCAGCCCCUCACUCUCUGCAUAUGGUGGGCUAUCGAGGACCUCGGGAAACGAGGUGCAUGAAGUGUAAUGAAUGGAUGGAGUGGUGCCAGGCUAUGAGACAAUGGCUAUGAAAUAUUAACUUUAAUGAAAAAAAAUCUUGGGUCUUAUUCAUUUUCCCAUUAGGAGAUUGAGUUGAUCUUACGUAUUGAUUCAUCCUGGAUUUAUGGAAAAGUCUGUGUUUGGAAUGUCCUACUGUAAGACUGAUGAAUGUAAAGAGUUAAUUUCAGGGUACAGUUCUGCCUUAAUGGUUUUAAAAAAUAAACUAUUUUUUAAAAUUA